AUGUCCCCAAUGUUCCGCUUCUCCUAUUCUGCCUCGCCUUGCUCCGCCACCUGCCCUCCUCAUCUACAUAUACACACACAUCCUUCACACCGAUCUCUGAUCUACCUAUCGCUCCAGCGAUAUCUCCCCGCCACUAUGGUCGACGCUAUGGCGUUGCUAGCCGCCGCCGCUGCUGCGAAGCUCACCGGCGACCGCCUGGUCCGCGACUUUGUCGCAUACAUCCGCGAGACGAGCACCUCCAUGUCCUCCACCGCCCAAGCCUACGCGUCCUCCUCCACCUACAAGAAGCGCUCUGCACGCAGACCACGCAGAACACGUCUCUCCAGACCCAUGAAGCCCUCCACCUCCGGCCUUGGGCGUCGGCCCGCGUCCUCGCGCCUGUCUAAAAAGGUGUCUACCAUGACCGACGCCGAGCUCGAAGCGGAGCUAGAAGCCCGCCGCCGCCGCCGCGCAAAGGAGCGAGAGGCCUAUUCGAGAGCCAUGCGCUCGGACAAAUUGGCGGCUCUCGAGUCGGAACUUGAUAGCCUGCGUAGGGAAAUUGGUCGCCUCGACCCGCCUGCCCCGGGAAGAGCACCAAGACAACCGGCGGGGACCCCACCAAAUGCUCGUUGGGAGGCCUUGCCGCGCUCGCGCAGACCCUCGAUGUCCCACGGCCCGUCGCCGCCGGGCUUUGCGUAUCCGAACACCCCGGGAGUCGCGGGCCCAACGGCGGGCACGCCGGCUCCACCAGUGGGUGGCCCGCCUCCACCACCGCCUCCACCACCACCUCCGCGCAUGGGCAGUGGUGACGACGAUGAUGAUGCGGAAGUCGACCCGGAGAAGCAGCGGUUGGAAAAGCUUGAAAGGCAAAAGCGACGCGAGGCGAAGAAGAAAGAACGUGAGCGCACUAAAAAGAAGAUGACGUUGGCGGAUAUUAUCCGCGCGGCGGGGCCGGAUCCUGCGAGUCGCCUCAAGCCUGCUGGGCUUAAGCCCGCGGAUUUGGAGCAGCAAGAGUGGGAACGCGCGAAAAAGGAGAGGGAAGAGAGAGAAGCGCGACAGGAACAGGAACGCGUGGAAAAAGAACGGCUCGUCAAAGAAAGUAAAACUCGGGUAUCGGAGAACUCUUCCGCGAAGGGGAAAGAGAACGACGUUGAGAAAGAACAGGAUACAAAUGAAACAGGGGACAAGGGCAAUCCGAUGCCGACGGAAAACGGAGACAAGACAAACGGCAAGUCUACAUCUGCCGGGAAGGAUGAAUCUGACAAGGAGAAGGACGGGGAUGUUGCAGAUGAAAAGAGUGGGGAGGAAACGAAGAAGUCGACAGAAUCGCUUUCAUCUAAGAAGCCGUCUGCCGAUUCUAACAAGGGGAAUGGGGAAGGGCCCAAAGAAGACGAGACGAAAACACAAGAAGCUGCACCAGGUAAGGAUUCUGCCGCAGAAGCGAUACAAAAGGCUGGUGCCAAGCGCAAUGCGGAGAGCGAGGCAAUUCAGGCAUCCCCUGACGAGGCCCCAAAGGAUUCAGAGAAUGUAGCUCCGAACGCUCCUCAGAAGGUUGAUACCAAGGAACCGGCAAAAACAGUUGAGGAUGCAGGCAAAGCGCAAACAAAUAAGCAGGUGGAAGCGAGUUCAUGA